AUGCUGUUAAGAGGCGAGGCCAGAGGCAUUAUAAAGGCGGAAGGCGGCUUCGUCGUCCCGGCUCCCGCGUGGACGCCUCGCUCUGUGCUAGAGCCUGGGCCUGAGAGGCCUGAGAGGCUGAGCCGCUUGAGGCCUGAGGAGGUUAGCUACGUAGGGUCCCACCCAACAGACGGGACGGUUACUCUGCUCUGCGACUGUCUGACAUUUUAUAGAGAGAGAAAAACUGUCAGAGCUCUCGCAGUGGCUUCCCUAGGACACCACCGUAAGUCCUCUGUCAUGUCUCGAUCUGGGCUGUGUAGAAUGUACAAGAACACCGGGUACAGGUACUGUACUGUCGGUGCCUGGGCGAAUUUGCUCUAGAAAUUUGAGCAGAGCUGAGGCCUCGAUCGGGCUCCGCAGGGGACAGAGUCGAAUGUUGUGAAAACAUUUCUCUCGAAUCCAUGAGUUUUCGUGAAGCCCGUAGCAGUAAAUCUCCUGUCAAUCGAAAUCCAGGACAGGCGCCUGCCUAAUUGGAGACUGUUUCGUUGAGAUGCGAUGAGGUCAGUGGCGAGGCCAUACAUUAGGCAUGUUCUAGACCUGCGCUGCUGUUAUGCCUUACACUUGCCAGAAGCUGGUACUUUCGUUGCAACAGUGUUGCUUCAGCGGAUCAACAGUCCAGCCACUAUUUUUGAAUUUUCCGCAAGCCCUCGAGAGAUCUACUCCUAUGCGGAAAAGGAAGCAGGAUAAUACUCAGGAUCACAAAUGAAAGGCCUCCAUGGCGGCAGGCUUAAGCGACGGGCGCUUGCAGGAUCAAGGACAAGAUAAGGUCCGAAGUUGUUAGGCGAGGAGCAACGCGAGAAGCGAGCAGAAUGGCGGAAUAACAAACCAGUUACGUGGUCUGGCUGGAAGGAAACCAUCGCAUUCACUCGAAACAUUUAUAACGGUGUGGUAGGCGAAAUGAUUUGCGAGCUCUACGUACAUCUUGUCGUUGCGAACCUUCUCUCCCUACCAAUGAUUAGCGAUACGCAUGUCACCCUCUUCCGUCUGUAAAAUGAUGUAAAAUUCGU